AUGUGUAGUGGAAAGGGAGAAACAUGGAGUGGGGAUGCCAUGGGGAUGGAAAAGCCGAAGAGCAGUGAGGCCAUGAGACGAGAGAUGGGGGAACGAGAAACAGGCGGGUCGACAAGACGAGGACAGGAUGAGCCAGAGCCAUGCCUCGGGCGCACCGUGGCGCGCAAACAGAAGAGCGGCGAGGAGGACGGGAUGCCGACGGAUGUAGCCCCGAAAUGCUUCGGAGGACCAACGCCCGGCAGCUUGGAUCAAGUCCGGGGGAGUCCCGCGCUCGGCGAGGGCUGUAGCACCGCCGGAGCGCAUGCUGUGACCGGCGACGUUGUCAGGGAACAAGGCUUGGAGGCGUCAGAGGAACCAGGAGCGCGUCGGGAGGGUGCCGUCGGCACGGAUCCACAGCUCCGCACGAAGCACGAACCGGCCGUCACGCAGGCCAAGGUAGUGAGCAAAGAGGGGGACCGCCUCCGGCAGCGCGAGGUCCUGGCUGACGAGGAUGCGACUGCAGUCGAAAAAGGGGUCAGCUUUAUGGGCAGGAAGCAGGAAACUGUACUGCUGGGUCCCAUCGCACAGCACAGUGGUGCGAAGGGCGAGUUUGCGGUGGCUACGCAGACGCACAGCAUCAGGCCAGACGAGCUCGCCGAGGCGCAUGAGCGCGACGUCGCCGACAAGGAGAGCAGGGCAGAGCGCACAUCGCCGGACGUCAACGCGCGUAUGGGACACGCAGAACAAGCCGCUAUGCAGCGCGCUUAG